AUGUUGAAGAAGCAUUGGUUAGAUCUCGUUGCUGCUCACAGUGAUGCUUGGUUGAUUUCUGUAUCUUUAAAUGCCAGACAUGCUUUUAAAAUAUUUGACAGGAUGCGACUUUUCAAUAUGAUGAAUGAUCUCCCUACUGUGUUUGAAGUUGUAACUGGUUCUGCUAAGAAGCGGCAACAAACUGAGAAAUCUUUGGCGAGUCGAACCUUUAAUCCUCAUUCUUCUAUAGGAUAUUCAUCACAACUUCUUCACAUAUCACCCUCUUUGAUACAAGCUCCUAUUGGUUAUCGAUUAUGGCGUCAUAUUCAGGAAGAAGCAGUUAAAGGAAAGUUUGCAGGUAGAGAAAACAAUGAGACACUUGAAAAUGGAAAAGAUCUGCCUCUGUUGUCGGUUCAGAAGACAACAAAGAUGAUAAAGACAACAAUGAUGAAAGUGAUGGAAGUGAAGAAGAUCCAGUGUAAUCUCGUCUACUAG